AUACUCAGAGCUCUCUAAGCUUCAACGUGCUGAAGCCUGAGACCAUGCCUCAUCAGGUUGAAGAUUGAGAGCAGUACCAACCAACCAAGUAAGCCCCUUUUGUAAUACUCCAAAGAAUAAAAAUAGCUGCAAAACUAAAGACAAUUUCUUGAUUUAUUUCGUGGUUUCAAGCAGUUCUUCUUCUUCCUUCCCUUGAAAUGAUUAGCUCACUGUUCAGAGCAAGAAAACCCAUCACCCAAAUCGCCAAAGUAGUUCCCAAAAACCCACAACUUUCACAGAAACUCACUCCAAUCCCACAAUCAAUCCAAUCCCACCAAAACCCAUGUGCCCAACUGCCCCAUAGCCAAAACCCUUCAAGGGUUUUACAGAAUUGUUCAUUUUCAACACAGUCCUCAAAGUUUCCAGAGUAUGAGAUGCCCUCUGUCACUUGGGGUGUGGUCCAAGGCCGCAAAGAGAAGCUUGUCUCAAGGGUUAUAAUAUGUGAUUAUUUAAAGAGCUUGGGCAUAGUUCCUGAUGAGUUAGAAAACUUAGAGCUACCCUCUACUGUUGACGUCAUGAGGGAGAGAGUUGAGUUCCUUCAGAAACUAGGAUUGUCCAGCGAUGACAUUAAUGAGUACCCCUUGAUGCUCGGAUGUAGUGUGAGAAAAAAUAUGAUACCUGUGUUGGCUUACUUGGAGAAAAUUGGGAUUCCAAGGUCGAAACUUGGUGAGUUUGUUAAAAAUUACCCACAAGUAUUACAUGCUAGUGUGGUUGUUGAGCUUGUGCCGGUUGUUAAGUUCCUUCGCGGGCUUGAUGUGGAGAAGGAUGAUAUUGGCUAUGUGUUGCAGAAGUAUCCUGAGCUUCUCGGGUAUAAACUUGAGGGGACAAUGAGUACUUCAGUGGCAUAUCUUGUUAGCAUUGGUGUUAAUCCUAGGGAUAUAGGUCCGAUGGUCACACAGUAUCCUUACUUUUUGGGAAUGAGAGUUGGGACUGUGAUUAAGCCAUUUGUUGAUUUUUUGGUUUCCUUAGGCUUGCCAAAAAAGAUUUUGGCUAGGAUGUUGGAGAAGCGGGCAUAUUUGCUUGGUUAUGAUCUUGAGGAGACUGUUAAACCAAAUGUGGACUGUUUGAUUAGUUUUGGGAUCCGGAGGGAAGUGCUUGCUUCGGUUGUUGCUCAAUACCCCCAAAUUCUUGGGCUGCCUUUAAAGGCCAAAAUGUCCUCACAGCAGUAUUUCUUUAGUUUGAAGCUUAAGAUUGAUCCUGAAGGAUUUGCACGAGUGAUAGAGAAGAUGCCGCAGAUUGUCAGCCUUCAUCAACAUGUGAUAAUGAAGCCAGUUGAGUUCCUUCUUGGAAGGGGAAUACCUUCCGAGGAUGUUGCCAAGAUGAUUGUAAAGUGUCCCCAGUUAAUUGCAUUGCGUGUUGAGCUCAUGAAGAAUAGCUUUUACUUCUUUAAGAGUGAAAUGGGUAGGCCACUGAAAGAGCUUGUGGAAUUUCCGGAAUACUUCACUUACAGCUUGGAAUCCAGGAUAAAACCUAGGUACCAGAGGUUGCGAAGCAAGGAGAUCAGGUGUUCUUUGAAAUGGUUCCUGAACUGUAGUGAUCAGAGGUUUGAGGAGAGGUUGCAAGGGGAGUAUAUUGAAACAGAGACUCCAGGUCCAUUAUUUUGUAUGGGUGGAAAGUUAGAGCUGCCUGGAAAUGAAAUGGUGUCAGAUGAGGACGAUGAGAGUGAUGACGAAGUACUUUAUAGGCGCACUGUUUCACUGUAAUGAAUUUUGUUGACAUCAGUAAAACAAAUUUAUCUUAAAAUGUUAUUCACGCUCAUCCGUUUCUGUGUAUGUUGUUUAUGUUGAUGUUUUUUAUGUUAUACAUAGCUUGAUUUUCUU